AUAUUAGAAGCCAAACUUCAUUGAACUCAGUAAAUAAUGAGGAUUAUAGUGACCAAAACCUACAAGAAAAUUUUUUAGAAAAAAGUCAGCAUGUUAAUAGUGAUUUUGAAUGCAACUUUUCUAUGGCUUCAGAUAUGUUGAGUAGCGAAUUGGAUACUUUAAAUAGCACAUCAGAUAUGGAUACAUUAAGUAGCACAUCAGAUUCUUUGAAAGAAAUAGAACUACAAUCAAAAGUAAGAACAGAAUCUACACAAACUAUAGUAGAUAGUGGAAUUGAUUUUCAGGCACUGCCUAGAGAGUAUGGCCCAUAUUUUAAAAACUUCACGGAGAUGUCAUUUUUUACUUGGGUCACUAAGCAUAUGAUCA